GGCACGAGGCGCUCCCUGGGAUCACAUGGUACCUGCUCCAGUGCCGCGUGCGGCCCGGGAACCCUGGGCUGCUGGCGCCUGCGCAGAGCCCUCUGUCCCAGGGAAAGGCUCGGGCAAAAGGCGGCUGAGAUUGGCAGAGUGAAAUAUUACUGCCGAGGGAACGUAGCAGGGCACACGUCUCGCCUCUUUGCGACUCGGUGCCCCGUUUCUCCCCAUCACCUACUUACUUCCUGGUUGCAACCUCUCUCUCUCUCUGGGACUUGUGCACUGGGAGCUCCAGAUUCGCUACCCCGCAGCGCUGCGGAGCCGGCAGGCAGAGGCACCCCGUACACUGCAGAGACCCGACGCUCCUUGCUACCUUAUAGCCAGAAUUACUGCAGGCUAAUUCCCCCUACACACUCUCUUUGCUCUUCCCAUGCAAAGCAGAACUCCGUUGCCUCAACGUCCAACCCUUCUGCAGGGCUGCAGUCCGGCCACCCCAAGACCUUGCUGCAGGGUGCUUCGGAUCCUGAUCGUGAGUCGCGGGGUCCUCUCCCCGCUCUUAGCCAGUGCCCAGGGGGCAACAGCGGCGAUCGCAACCUCUAGUUUGAGUCAAGGUCCAGUUUGAAUGACCGCUCUCAGCCGGUGAAGACAUGACGACCCUGGACUCCAACAACAACACAGGUGGCGUCAUCACCUACAUUGGCUCCAGUGGCUCCUCCCCGAGCCGCACCAGCCCUGAAUCCCUCUAUAGUGACAACUCCAAUGGCAGCUUCCAGUCACUGACCCAAGGCUGUCCCACGUACUUCCCACCGUCCCCCACUGGCUCCCUCACUCAAGACCCAGCUCGCUCCUUUGGGAACAUUGCAGCCAGCCUGAGUGAUGAUGGCUCCCCUUCUUCCUCAUCUUCCUCAUCGUCAUCCUCCUCUUUCUAUAAUGGGAGCCCCCCAGGGAGUCUACAAGUGGCCAUGGAGGACAGCAGCCGAGUGUCCCCCAGCAAGAGCAGCAGCAACAUCACCAAGCUGAAUGGCAUGGUGUUACUGUGUAAAGUGUGUGGGGACGUUGCCUCGGGCUUCCACUAUGGCGUGCACGCUUGUGAGGGCUGCAAGGGCUUUUUCCGUCGGAGCAUCCAGCAGAACAUCCAGUACAAAAGGUGUCUGAAGAAUGAGAAUUGCUCCAUCGUCCGCAUCAAUCGCAACCGCUGCCAGCAAUGUCGCUUCAAGAAGUGUCUCUCCGUGGGCAUGUCUCGAGACGCUGUGCGUUUUGGGCGCAUCCCCAAACGAGAGAAGCAGCGGAUGCUUGCUGAGAUGCAGAGUGCCAUGAACCUGGCCAACAACCAGUUGAGCAGCCAGUGCCCGCUGGAGACUUCACCCACCCAGCACCCCACCCCAGGCUCCAUGGGCCCCUCGCCACCCCCUGCUCCGGUCCCCUCACCCCUGGUGGGCUUCUCCCAGUUCCCACAACAGCUGACGCCUCCCAGAUCCCCAAGCCCCGAGCCCACAGUGGAGGAUGUGAUAUCCCAGGUGGCCCGGGCCCAUCGAGAGAUCUUCACCUACGCCCAUGACAAGCUGGGCAGCUCACCUGGCAACUUAAAUGCCAACCAUGCAUCAGGUAGCCCUCCAGCCACCACCCCGCAUCGCUGGGAAAAUCAGGGCUGCCCACCUGCCCCCAAUGACAACAACACCUUGGCUGCCCAGCGUCAUAACGAGGCCCUAAAUGGUCUGCGCCAGGCCCCCUCCUCCUAUCCUCCCACCUGGCCUCCUGGCCCUGCACACCACAGCUGCCACCAGUCCAACAGCAACGGGCACCGUCUAUGCCCCACCCACGUGUAUGCAGCCCCAGAAGGCAAGGCACCUGCCAACAAUCCCCGGCAGGGUAACUCCAAGAAUGUUCUGCUGGCAUGUCCUAUGAACAUGUACCCGCAUGGACGCAGUGGACGAACGGUGCAGGAGAUCUGGGAAGAUUUCUCCAUGAGCUUCACGCCCGCUGUGCGGGAGGUGGUAGAGUUUGCCAAGCACAUCCCGGGCUUCCGUGACCUUUCUCAGCAUGACCAAGUCACCCUGCUUAAGGCUGGCACUUUUGAGGUGCUGAUGGUGCGCUUUGCAUCAUUGUUCAACGUGAAGGACCAGACGGUGAUGUUCCUAAGCCGCACCACCUACAGCCUGCAGGAGCUUGGUGCCAUGGGCAUGGGAGACCUGCUCAAUGCCAUGUUCGACUUCAGCGAGAAGCUCAACUCCCUGGCGCUUACCGAGGAGGAGCUGGGCCUCUUCACCGCGGUGGUGCUUGUCUCUGCAGACCGCUCGGGCAUGGAGAAUUCCGCUUCGGUGGAGCAGCUCCAGGAGACGCUGCUGCGGGCUCUUCGGGCUCUGGUGCUGAAGAACCGGCCCUUGGAGACUUCCCGCUUCACCAAGCUGCUGCUCAAGCUGCCGGACCUGCGGACCCUGAACAACAUGCAUUCCGAGAAGCUGCUGUCCUUCCGGGUGGACGCCCAGUGACCCGCCCGGCCGGCCUUCUGCCGCUGCCCCCUUGUACAGAAUCGAACUCUGCACUUCUCUCUCCUUUACGAGACGAAAAGGAAAAGCAAACCAGAAUCUUAUUUAUAUUGUUAUAAAAUAUUCCAAGAUGAGCCUCUGGCCCCCUGAGCCUUCUUGUAAAUACCUGCCUCCCUCCCCCAUCACCGAACUUCCCCUCCUCCCCUAUUUAAACCACUCUCUCUCCCCCACAGCCCUCCCCUGGCCCCCUGAUUUGUUCUGUUCCUGUCUCAAAUCCAAGAGUUCACAGCUGA